CCGCCGCGAUGCCCAGGGAAGACAGGGCUACGUGGAAGUCCAACUAUUUUAUGAAAAUCAUCCAACUCCUGGAUGAUUAUCCAAAAUGUUUCAUUGUGGGAGCAGACAAUGUAGGAUCCAAGCAGAUGCAGCAAAUCCGUAUGUCCCUGCGUGGGAAAGCGGUUGUGCUGAUGGGGAAGAACACCAUGAUGCGCAAAGCUAUUCGUGGUCAUCUGGAGAAUAACCCGGCCUUAGAAAAGCUACUGCCUCACAUCCGUGGGAACGUGGGCUUUGUCUUCACCAAGGAGGAUCUGACUGAGAUCAGGGAUAUGCUGCUGGCUAACAAGGUGCCAGCAGCUGCUCGUGCCGGUGCUAUUGCUCCUUGCGAUGUGACUGUGCCAGCCCAGAACACUGGUCUCGGGCCUGAGAAGACCUCCUUCUUCCAGGCCUUGGGCAUCACCACGAAAAUUUCCAGAGGAACCAUUGAAAUUCUGAGUGAUGUGCAGCUAAUCAAGACUGGAGAUAAAGUGGGCGCCAGUGAAGCCACCCUGCUGAAAAUGCUGAACAUCUCCCCGUUCUCCUUCGGGUUGGUGAUCCAGCAGGUCUUCGACAAUGGCAGCAUUUACAAUCCUGAGGUGCUGGACAUCACUGAGGAGACCUUGCACAAGCGCUUCCUGGAGGGUGUCCGUAACGUUGCUAGCGUCUGCCUGCAAAUUGGGUACCCCACCAUUGCUUCUGUGCCCCACUCCAUCAUCAAUGGGUACAAGCGGGUCCUGGCCGUGGCUGUGGAGACCGACUACACCUUCCCGCUGGCUGAAAAGGUGAAGGCCUUCCUGGCAGACCCCUCUGCCUUCGUGGCUGCUGUCCCCGUGGCAGCUGAGACAGCCGCACCCGCGCCGCCUAAAGAGGCAGCAAAGGAGGAGUCGGAGGAGUCUGAUGAGGACAUGGGAUUCGGUCUCUUUGACUAACAGCAGCCACAGUCUCUCUCCAUGUCAGAGUUGGUCAAAUUGGAGAAAUAAAAAGCUAUUUUACACCUUCA